AUGACUCGUGUUCGUCGCAAGCGCAUGCACUGCAACAACAAGGAGUUGCACCACAAGUACAAGACAAAGCGCCGCACCAAGGAUCUCGACCAGAUCCAGGAGGACCUGCUGCCCGAGAACCGGUCAAAGUUCCAGAGCAUGCCCGAGGAUGAAGACCUGCCUGGCCUCGGCCAGCACUACUGCAUCGAGUGCAGCAAAUUCUUUGUCAACGACCUGACACUAAAGGAACACAAGCGCGCCCGUGAGCACAAGCGCCGCAUCCGCGACCUCAAGGUGCCCGCAUACACACAGAAGGAGGCCGAGGCCGCUGCAGGCCUGACAACAGACAAUGGCAAGAGCCUUGCCAUGUCAGGCCGGGUCGCUGGUCCCCAGUCGCUGCUGUCGCUGAAGCAAAAGAACGAGGCGGCCAAGGCGGCGAUGGAUGUCACUGCAGUCUAG